AUGGGUCAAUCAUCUAUAUUUACUAGUGAUGUUACUAUGAAUAUUGAAGCCACCAAUAACAUUGGUGAGAGUUCAGCCACAAAGCCAGCAGUAGUUCUUGAUAGUUCUGUUAAUCCUGAAUCUGAUCAAACUUUAAGUGAUCUACGUAAAGCCAUCGUUGGAGAUUUAAUCAAAAAUCCAAAGACAUUUAAAGGCAAUAAAGAUGAUGUUAAUAAAUGGAUCGAAGACAUCAAACACUUUUUAAAUAUAGCACAUAUACCGGAUAAUAUUCGAUUAGAUAUAAUUUCUUAUUCGUUACGAGGUGAUGCUUUGGAGUGGUUUAAAAACAACAGUUCUUCAUUCACUUCGUGGAAAGCUUUUGUUGAAGAAUCAAAAAGGGCUUUCACAUCAUCUUUUCAGAGCGAAUUAGCUUUUAAGAAAUUAGAGUCGUAUACUCAAGGUGAAAAUCAAUCUAUUCAUAGCUUUUUCAAUGAAGUAUUGAAAUUGUGUCAAGAAGCUGACGCUACAAUCAGGGGUGUCAGUUUCGGGUUCCGUUCCCAGGAACCCGGAGCCCAUUCUGGUUCUGGGUUCCCGGGAACGGGAACGGGAACCCACAUAUGGUUCGGGUUCCUGGGCAUCCGGGAACCGUAUGAGGUUUGGGCUCUCGGGUUCUCAGGAACCCGGAACCCAUGGAGUUCCCGGGUUCCCAGGAAUCCGGAACCCCAUGUCGGUUCCUCGUCCUGGAGAACCCGGUACUCUAUAUGGAUAUUCAUUUCUAGGAACCUGAAACUAACGGGUGUCCCAGAAAUAAUGGGUGUCUCAGUAUUUUUAAGAUUUCUUCUCUAUUAUCCCUGUAAUUAAAGCUCUCUUUAUUACCAAAAGAUAUCGCUUGGAAUUCUCUACAAAACCAUAUAUGAGUAAGCUCAAAAACAGUUUUAGAUAUAUUUGAAAAAAGACGAAAACUAAAGACAUACAAAAAGCUGUAAAAUGUAAAUAACGAGUGUCCCAUAAUAAAUGGCCGCACUUUGCAUUUCAUAUUUUAAUCUCUAAAUACGUUUUAUUAAAAAAACAAAAUAUACCAUAACAUGCAGGAUGAAAAGCUCUACAAUCUACAAAUUAAAGUUUAUUUUAAUUGUAUAUAUUUUGUUUACAAAAAAAGCAAAAGU